GCAGUUUCCUUGUUCGAGUGGUGUUGUGUGGCAUGCUACACCAAAUACUUUUGAUUUUGGUGUUCUUGGUGUUGGCGAAAGAUGCAUCCUUUGCAUCUCCAACUUUACAAAUAGUAAAUGAAGAGCCCACCCACGCAGAAGCCACCAGGGAUGUGGAGAAGACUAAGAACCUCACCAGAACAAACUUUGCACAAUUGGAGAAAUUGAGCAACAGGUCCAGAUAUGUUGCAAGAAGCUGUAAAGAGAUCAGGUACAGAUAUAAUGAACAUGAAGAUGGAUUGUAUUACCUGACCACUGCUAAUGGCAUGGUCUAUCAGACUUUCUGUGAUAUGACCACUGCGGGAGGUGGCUGGACGCUGGUGGCGAGCGUCCAUGAAAACAGCGUUUAUGGGAAGUGCACAGUGGGCGAUCGCUGGUCGAGCCAGCAGGGCAACAAUGCUAAUCUGCCGGACGGGGACGGUAACUGGAUCAACAGAAACACCUUUGGAGCAGUAGAGAGCGCCACCUCAGAUGAUUUUAAGAAUCCAGGUUACUAUGAUAUAGUGGCAGGAGACAUGUCUGUGUGGCACGUUCCCAACAACUUCCCAGUGGAGCACUGGAACCUGGCAGCCAUCCUCCGCUACCACACUGACAACCGCUUUCUCCGCCUGUAUGGAGGGAACCUCUUUCACCUCUUCAAGCAAUAUCCAGUGAGAUACAACAUUGGCUCGUGCAGCAACAGAGGACCAGUUGUUCCCAUUGUGUAUGACCAUGGAAACAAAGAGUCCACCAGAAUGUUAUAUGGACCCAAUUCAAGAGCGGAGUUCGAACCAGGUUUCAUCACAUUCAGAGCAAUAAACAAUGAGCGUGCAGCCAUGGCUAUCUGCUCCGGGGUCAAGCCGACUGGAUGCAACAGUGAACAUUACUGUGUAGGAGGUGGUGGAUAUUUCUACCCUUCGCAGUGUGGGGACUUUCCAUCAUUUGACUGGAACGGAUUUGGAAGCUUGCAAGGCUGGAGCGCCUCUAAAGAGAUUACUGAGGCUGCUGUUUUAUUGUUUUACCGCUGA